CCUUAUGUCAUUUUAUCAACACGCAAUGAAAACGACACAGAGUUUUUUGGUGUCAUACAAAUUGAAUAGAAUUGAGAUUUUUUGGCCAUUAAGCAAAGAACUGAACUGAGAUUUUUUGGUAAUGUCGAAUAAUUGAACAAUUAAAUAAAAGGGAGAACAAUGACUGAAGACCAAGAUGUUAAAGAUUCUCAGUCUGAUUCAGGCAGUAAAACUUUUAUCAAUAAAAACACGGAUAAAAAGGCCAAACCCCAUCGGCCACUGACAAAAAUAAUACUUCGUCGUUUACCACCUACAAUGACUGAAGAAGCAUUUUUAGAACAGGUUGCUCCAAUACCAGAACAUGAUCAUUUUUAUUUUGCAAAACCUGACCCAUCCCUAGGAAAUAACGUUUAUUCAAGAGCGUAUAUUAAUUUCGUCAAUGUUGAUGAUAUAUAUCUAUUUAGAGAUAAAUUUGAUGGAUAUGUUUUUUUAGAUGAAAGAGGUGUUGAAUAUGUCGGUAUUGUUGAAUAUGCACCAUUUCAAAGGAUACCUAAGAAGAAGAAAAAGAAAGACCCUAAGUGUGGUACAAUUGAAAGUGACCCUAUAUAUCAGGAAUUUUUAGAAAGCCUUACUAAGGACCAGGAACCUGAGAAUCAACCAAAACUUGAAUACUCAUAUCCUGUAAAUGACACAAACGACAAAAAAGUACAGUCGACACCUUUAUUAGAAUAUCUGGCCGCUCGAAAGUUAGAUAAAAGAGGACGAGAUGAACGUCGGAGGAGGGAAAAUGAUAAGCGUAAGAUGAGAAUUGAAAGGAAAACUAAAGAUCUUCCUAUAAAGGAAGAAGAAGAUGCUGAAAGUGAUGUAAGGAAAAUAAAGCCACGGGAUGGAGAUAAGGAAAAGAUAAGUAAUGAUUUGAGAGAUGAAGACUCUAAAGUUAUUGAUAAGGAUGCUACUGUAUUUGAAUCAAAAACAUAUAAAGACCAAAGGAAAAUUGGUAUAAAUCUUGCUGAUAAAAAGAAAAAAAUAGACGGAGACAAAAAAGAGUGUUUGACUAAAGAAGAUGAAGGUGAUGAUGACAAGCUUCUGAAAAAAGAAAGGCGUGAUCAAUUUAAGGAACCUCCGCGCGAGCAGAAGAGUAAAAAAUAUAGCGACACAAGGAAAGAGAGAUUGAAACAAGUUGAACAAGGAAAAUCAGAUAAGCAGUCUGUAAUUAGUAAAAUAAUGUCUGCAGAAGGGAAAUCAAAAUCUUUAAAUCAUGAUGAUAUCAAACCAUUCACUCAAUUACCUCAAGUGAAGACUGAAGAUUUGACUAAACUGAUUGAGGAUAUGGAUCGUAAAGUGAAAAUGGAUGACGAUAAUAAAAAUAAGGACUCAAUUCGAACCAAAUUCAAAUUUGACACCAAAAAUGAUUCAGUAGAAAUCACUAAAAUAAGAAGAAAUAGUAUGGAUUCAGGUGAUAUACCUUUCAAAGAAGAGCCAAUACUCAAAAGGCAGAAUUCUCUUGAUGAUAGAAGCAAAUCAAGUGAAAGAGAAGGUUCAGAAGAAAAAGAAAAGAGUGAGAGCUCAGAACGUCGCGCGGAAAGGAGAAUAAGAAAUAAGGACCGUCCGAGUCUCGUCAUUUAUCAACCGGGUAUGGGUAAAUUUAGCAAGCAACGUCUAGCAAAGGAGAAGGAUUCGCAGCCAGCCGUUGGAAAAUCUGUAAACGACAGCGAGAAGAAAGACACUUGAGAUAACUACUGUGACACCCAAUAUUCGGACAACAAUCAACGGAAUUACCCUAAAGCUGGCAUUAACACGUCCUCGCAGAUAGUAGAAGGGGACACUUGAACGUGCCACCUGAGGGAACUGUUUUUACUCAAUCCUGUCGUUUUAAUUAUUUACGUGCAAAAUAAUUGUUCUUUUUUUUUUUGUUUAAAAAUCAGUGUAAAGGCAUACAUUGUUCUAUAUUUUUAGCUUGUGACCAUUAAGUUCAGUUUGUUUUAUUUCAUUUAAAUAUACUUAAUUCUUUUAAAAGGGUA